UUUAAAACCCAGGACCAGCGUUUGCUCAGCUCCCCUAGGGUUUUAGAGAACACUGCAAUUGCGCCACAACAAUGGCUUUCUGGGGAAUUGAAGUGAAACCAGGCAAACCGUAUGUUCUUUAUUCUGACGAGGAGAAGGGAAGACUUCACGUGUCCCAGGCGACAUUAGGUGCAGGGUCCUCCACUAAGAAGAGUAUUCUGCAGUGUAAGGUGGGAGAUAAGAAACCCAUUUACUUGUGUUCAUUGUUGCCGGAAAAGCUCGAGACUUGUGCAUUGAACCUUGAGUUUGAGGAAGGCGAGGAAGCCGCCUUUUCAAUUAUUGGCUCUCACAGUGUGCAUCUUUCUGGAUUUUUCUAUGGAGGUGAUGAAGAUCAGGAUAACCUUGAAGAUGAUUAUGGGUCCGAUUCUUAUGAUGAGGGUGUUAUGGUGACUGAUUCUGAAGAUGGUGGUUCUAGCUUCGACUCUGAAGAUGAAGAUGAGGACGAUGACUUUGACAUGUAUCCUUCUUCGCCUGUUCCCAACAGUGGAGUUAAAAUUGAAGAAAUUGUAGAUGAUGAGAAACUUAGCAAUGAUGAGCAUGGCUUGUCCAAAAGUACAAAAAAGAAGAAAAACGAAUCUAGGGUGUCCAGUGACAAUGAGAACUCCAACCGCUCAAUUGUUGCCAAGAAUGGUACUGAUCUUUCCAUCUUUGAAAGUGAAGAUGAAGAUGGUUUUCCCAUAUCUUCACACAAAACGAGAUCCGAUGCCUCCAAAGAUCGGAAAAACUUAGGGAAGACCAAUAUGGAGACGAACAUUGAGAAAACACAGAAAAAGAGUGAAAAAGUUGAUGCUGAUCUUGGCAACAAGUUGAAAAGAAAAAGCGAUGCUGUUGAUCAAGAUGAGAAACCUGCAAGCGGAAAUGUUGAACCAGUCCAACCUGCAGAUAAGAAAAAGAAGAACAAGAAUCAAAAGGUUAUUGAUAAAGAAGAAAAUAAUCAGGUAGCUGAGAUGCCAAAUCCCAAUGCUAUCGAAGAGGCUCCAGUAGCUGAAAUUGGAAAUGACGUGAAGCCAGCUCCUAAAAAGAAGAAAGAAAAGAAGAACAAAAAGCAGAAAAAACAGCAAGAAAUUGUGCAAACUCCUAAUGCAGAAAUAAAACCAACGGACAAAACUGGUACUGACUUGGAGAAACAAAAGAAAGAAGCCAAGUCAUUGCAAGUGAGAACUUUCUCAAAUGGUCUGGUGGUAGAAGAGAUAGCAAUGGGUAAUCCAGCGGGGAAAAGAGCUACUCAUGGGAAAAAGGUCAGUGUCCGUUACAUUGGCAAGCUGAAGAAGAAUGACAAGAUUUUUGAUUCAAAUGUUGGAAAAUCACCCUUUAAAUUUCGUUUAGGUAUUGGCCAAGUUAUAAAGGGAUGGGAUGUUGGUGUUAAUGGCAUGCGUGUAGGGGACAAACGAAGACUCACAAUUCCUCCAGCAAUGGGUUAUGGGCCUAAAGGAUCUCCUCCAGUUAUACCCCCAAACUCGUGGCUGGUCUUUGAUGUUGAGUUGGUGGACGUCAAUUAAUUGCAUUGCAUUACGAGAUACGGCCCUCAAACUCAAGUUUAAGAUGGUAUUAUGCUGAGUUUUGUUAUUAAACUUAAUUGGCUUUUCCCGCUUUUGUGUUUUUGGUGUAUCCUGGUUUUGUUUUUGUUGCUGUACAAGUUUGGCUGAAUUUGGGAACCAAAAGUACUAUAUGAGAUUUUGAAUCUUUUCGCAUACAAUCAAUCGACUUGGCUGUAACCAUGACUUGAUGAAGUCGUGAAACUAUAAAGCAAUUGGAUUAAUUUUUUCUGCUAUUUGUUUGUUUGUUAAUGAGGCACAACUGAUUUG